UGUGCGAUGUCCGUGAAGUUAGUAACAGUAAGAACGAAGCGAAGUGAAGUAAAUUCCAAUUGAAGUGGUAGGUGGUUGCUGCUGGUGGGCUGACGUCACGACGCAUGUUCCGUACUAUCGAAUAUAUUCGAAUGACAGGUUGUGCGGUACACUGUCUUGUUGUAUGAACGCUCGCGAAGGCAGGUGUCUUGUGCCUCGAAGACAUAUAAUUCCAGCGUAAAAACGGGAAACGUAAAACAUUAAAUAACACGAGUGACAUGUUCGCGCGUUCUGUGCGCGGUUGUUUCUAACUGUCUGUGCCAAAUUUUAUGAUGUAUACCGCGAUUUCAUACGAAUUUCCUGAGAAUCUUAGCUGCUUAAGGAAAGUGUGUUUGAGAGAACGAGUCAAUAAACCCGGAAUACCAGGGGGAUUGUUAUUUUUGUUACGCUCGGGUGAAAUUGGCAGAUCUAUAUGGGGCAAUGCGUAUCUCGUAAGGCGAGCGCCGUCAUCGCAGCCUCCGGCCAUCAUAGCUCGCCCUCGUAUCGUAUCAUGGACAAGCCCACCAAGAAUCAGAAUGACAACAAUGGUGCGACGAAGCGGGGCACGCCAUACACACGGGGCACCGCCAUGUCCUUUGGCUUCCGUCGCAGACCCACUUCCGGUAUACCAAUGCCCGUAACCUCAUAUCCCGACGAAGUGAAUCCGGUGCAUCAGCGCUCGAAAUCAGCUGGUCCUGAGCAUGAUCGUAGACGCGACGACGAGAAUCAGAGGGUACUACAAAAUGCCUCCUCGGGACGCUCGACGCCACGUUUGGCGCCGCCUAAGAAAGAAGCCAGUGGCAUCGCCUUCAGGACGAAUCGUUUUGGAUUUCGACAGCCACAACCUAGGUACACGAACAAGGUCGGGGAUAUAUGCAGCAGCCACAGCGUCAGUCAUUACAAUCAGGAGAAAUUACAGCAGGAGACUUAUCAGCAUAAUAAACAAAACAACAGAGCACCGAUAUACGGUAACAGUCCACCGAGCUCCAAGUUGCGACCAUCACCUGUCAAUUCACCGUACAACAAUAACAACCCUUUGAACCCUGAUACUAAUAGGAGGGUUUCUGGGAUUCCAGAAACUAUAGGGAAGUAUACAUUGCAUACAAGUCACUUGCCAUUGCCGCAGUAUGCAGUGAGGAUAAACGAUUCGAAUUCGAAAAUCGCUAAGACGGCUGUCAAUCAGAGUAGAAAGGUGUCCACGGCUUCGAAGGGUUCCACUAGCUCCAAGGAAGGUUCAGGUACCGAGGAUUCAGGCGUAGGAAGUCAGCCGGGAUGUCUGGGAGAACAUGAGAAUGUGAGAGAAGGUAUUGAUUAUUUGGACGGUGGUAGUCCGGCUAGCGGAAGACGUGGACAUGGUAGGCCCAGGAAUCUGCGGAUGGUUGUCAACGGGAAGAGCUUUGAUGUCAGGGAUGUGGAUGAUGAGAGUACUGUCACUGAGAUAUCAGUGAUACCUCUGCCAAAGUCAUUCGCUAGUCCCAAUGUGAGCACUGGACUGGUACGCGAGAGAGCUACUCAAUAUCAAAGGGUCCUGAAUAAAGACAAUAGGUAUAACGACUCGACGACUUCCAUGUCGACGACCUCCUCAGAGGGUUACGACGAAGGCCUCGGCGAGGAGAAAGUGUACAAAGACAGAUCACAUUCCGAAAAGAUUCCUUCCAUUAAGUCAGACUUCAGUCCACCUAGUUCGGACGAUCCUGAGUAUGGCCAUGGAGAAGCUAUGGCUGAUGAAUAUUCAUUGAGCUCUAGCGAUGAAUGCAGGGCCAAUUCGAAUCAGCACCUCAAGACUAUUUCUACUGCAGCGAAGAAUGGGACACUACCUAAAACUACACUGCGCUCUGUUCUACUCACCAUUGAGGAUCCAGCUUUUGCUGCAGCUGCUGCUACAUCUACUAUUCUUAUAGAUGAUGAAACAUCACCAGUGGAUAGUCUCUUCGAUAGUCCUACUGCUAGUAUAACUCAGUCUGAUGGGAAAGCAUCGAAGAAGGAAUGUGUGAUGGAGCAGUCUGGCAAUACCAUUGAUGAUGACAGUCCUGGAACACCUACAAAUGCUUCAAAUUCACUGAGCCUCUCCGAAGGCAGAGAGUUCUUCGAUGAUGAGAUUGCUGAUCAACCUGGUCUUGUCUUCGAUGAUACUUUGAGAGCUGGUAUCGAAGGACAAGGAGUCUCUAGUCAAGUCAUCACUGAGAACAGUCAUACUUUGGUCGAAUCUAAUCCUAAAAUAAAUACAAGACACAUAAAGAGUAUAGAAAAUAGUCCUAUUCACGGCAGAAGAUUGAGCCGUGCUGAGAGUGUGGAUACCUUGUCACCAUGUGAAUCCAUUGCUUCAGAUGAUUUAAUGUUGGAUUACGAACGCAGUGAUGCAAGCUCAUACGAGGAAACCAAUCAUCGACUGGAUUCCAAUCCUGCCCUGCACGAGAUGGACGACGCAACGAUUUUUUCGGAAUUGGAAGCCCAAGGAGAGGAAGUCAUGAGAGAAUGGAGCUCACUUUUGGGUGCUCAUCCGACACAGCAACAACAACCAAAUACCAAUUCGAACAACAAUAAUCUCAACGCUAGUAUCAACAACAAUAAUCAUACAACCACCGAGUCUGGAAUUGGCAGUGGCAGAACGUCAAGAUUAUUGCGCAGCAGAUCUGGCACCGAAUCCCCACGUUCCCUGGACAGUGUGCGUACUCGUCAAAUCUCCAGUCCGCUCAGGCCACCGAGAAAUGUACAAUCUCCCAGUCUUGAUUCUGGUGACGAGGGGAGCCUAAGGCUGGAACGUGCCACGUACCAGUACAUGUCCCAGGACAUAGUCUCUAUGAAGACUAUGCUACUGAAACUAAAGCGUGUCAUUCAGGAGUCAGAAGAGAAUGGUAUGACGAGGGCAGAAACUCUCAACCCAUUCGACAGCUCUAUGAAGAAUGGUCUCUUCUAUAACCUGAAUGAAGGGGGAACGACAGACGCGAGCACAUCUCCUGGAAGUUGUGAAAAUGGUGUCACUAAUGAGAUGGCAGACUUGCGCAGGCAGGUAAUCUUUCUGCAAGGACAGCUUGAGGAUCGUGAUCGGACAAUACAAUUAUUGCAGGUUCAGAUGACAAAGUAUCAAGGGCUCAACAGCGUAGACUCUCAGAGCUGUGCUUCCUCGAUGCAUAGUAGUAGUACAGGAUUCAAAGAAACGUGCAAUGCAGCAACACAAACCGAGAAGGUGCGACCAGUGUCAGCAGGUCCUUCGCUUCUGCAGUCACUUCCACAAGACAGUGGCAUGGGGCCUCUCGUUAGCCCUGUGGGUUGGAGUGACUCGCGGUAUCGUCGUCGACCUCCGUCGCUCGCAGAGCUGAAUUCGCAGUCAUCAAGAAAUCGUCAUCCACAUAAUCUUCAUCGCAAAUCAAGCGACUAUUCUCCACGCCUAACAAGAUCUCGUCAAGAAGAAACAUCGCCCAUCCGUCUGAACGGACACGCGGAAAAAAUGCCAAUCGAUAGCAACACAUCCGUAAAAAAGAAUCUGAAACCGAAAUCAGAAUCGACGCCAGGAAUUGUUGGCAGGAAUAAUGUCGAAGCAAACGACAUCACGAGCGAUAUUAAUCCGGCGAAACCGGAUAUCGCGUCAACUAGUAACAAAUCAUCGAUUCCAACCUCUAGAAGACUUGCGGCAACAGCAACGCUUAUUCCGCGAGCGGCGAGAGCCGUUUCCGCUACAGGCCGACCGCACAACCCGUAACCAUAAUGUUCCAUAGGAUGAUUCUUUUUUUUAUUGCAUACAUUACCUGAUCAAUUUGUAGAUAUUUUGAAUCCCUCCUGGGCUGACCUGCGAAAUGCACUGUCCUGUCUUUUUUUGUAUAUAAAUAAAUUUGGAAAAACCAGUGUACAUUUUACCUGAACAGUAGAAAAGAUCAUUCGUCGUUGUCGUGAGCUAUUUGAGAAUUUUGACAUUCAGAAUCCGUCUGCUUACAGAAUUCUCUAAUAGUUUUUAUCCAGGUCAGCUCAACUUGUCCAGGGUCACCCAAGAACAAAUUAAUCGUAAAACUCAGAUUGAAUUGUACAUAUCUAAUUGGUGUAGAAUAUUAAAUUGUUCAUAUUUUUGUUCUCUUCUUUUCAUUCUUACAGAGCGAAAAGUCCAUGCUUGACUCUUGGGUGAUCCUCUACGCUUAUUCUACUUCGUUAAGUAUUCCUUCGUGAUUUGAUUUAGUUUAUUAUGAUCUCAAAUCUUAAGCGUUAAAUCUCAUCUGAACGUGGCUAUACUUCAAUUGGUCAAAUAAUUUUUUUUGUACGAACGAAAGAGGUCUGAUUGAUGUUGAAUUUUUGUUUGUUUAAUAAGCCUUCUACGGGGGCCACGAAGUAUUAGUCAAGGAUGGUCUCUGUCUUUGUUCAAUUUGAGUCUAGCCUGUUCAGUUAUGUAAACUGAGAAUGUGUAUCACGCGGCAAGAAUUUUAAUCGAUGUAUAAUUUUUCUUCUGGCUUGGUCGCCAUUGAGAUUGCACCACGUUGCAGUCUUCGUCAGGGUACUACGUAUUAGAAUAUUCCAGUUAAUGUCUCUAAUUUAUUUUUCUUUCUCGUGCUCAGAUUGCAUUGUCCCUGGUGCUAUUUGUGUUCUUUCUUUUCGUUUCCCCUGGUCGAAGUAAUAUUUAGAUUUUCCUGAAUUUUAAGAUCUAAAAUACUUUCCCAUCGCUUUUGCUACUAAAUUGAAUCUUUCAGUAAUUGAAUUUAUCUUGAAAUAUUAUUUCCCAUUGUCGAAAUGGAAGUCUGCGUUAAUUGAUCAAUAUGAGAUAUAUCAUUCUCAUAAAUAAUUGAAGGUACCGUUUUCUUAUUCUUGUGGAGAAGAAUAAAGUAGCGAAUCAGUCCAUGAUAUUCAGGGGAAACUAAGUAUGUAAUGUGAUGCGUGUUAAUGAAUCCCUUUUUUUUAACUCUGUGAAGGAGAAAGAAAUUUGAAUAAUAAGGAUUGGGAAGAUUGAUAAAGCAAGUUUUGUACGACGAUUAAAGGACAAAUAGGAAUAGUGGCGGCUCUAGCUUUAGUGCGGCUAGCUAUGUGCGACAUGGCAUAAAAGGCUUUUUACAGAAAAUAGGAUGGUUCAAAAUUCUUGUGCUACGAGUGACCAAUAACUACUAAACAAUUCUUUUACCUAUUAUACUGGACUGCAUUUAUAUACAUUGAAAUCAAAUAAUUUCACAAUAACUCUAGCAGUCUUUAACUAAGUAGAUGAUUGAACGAUUCGUAAAUGUUUGCGAUAUCAGUCUAGUUCCUUGGCACAAAUUUCUUCGAUAUUAACCAGCUGAUGGUAUAUUUAUUAUUAGAGUAUAAUCAUACGUUUAUUACAUCAAUUGUUACUCGUCUCCCUGUUUAUCUGGCAUAAGAAUUUUGAGACACUGCUAAGUAAAGCAGAUAGAGUCCUUCUGUUGUGGGAGGACUGAAGAGAGGAACAAGUGAAUGAAAUAGCAAUGAAAAAAGUAAAAAAAAAUUAAAGAUCUUUGUAAACGUUCUAUAGAAUCAGUUUAUAAUAAUGAUAAUAUACCACAAGGCUUGGAUAGACAGCCUUUUUGUCUCUUAUGAUCCAGAUGGGAUAACGUGUCAAGGAGAGAUAAUAAUGCACAUUUAUUGAGGAGCCUAACUGGAGUUGAACCAUCUUAUAGGUUUGUUAGAAAUUUCGCUGAUUCCCAAAAUGGCGAUAGGAAAAAACAAACAGAAAGGUUAUUUCUGCCAAAUUUAUACGAAUUUCUAUGUGUUUCUCGUUAAAAUGUUAAAUGCGUGACUGAUUGUAUAUUUGGAUUGUUCGUAGGCCGCGUGGCUGAUAUUUAUUUGUACAAAAUUUUUCUAUUGUUUUUAUCCGCUUGAUAUUAAAUAUUAAUAACAAUGAUUGUCCGACGAGCAUUGUUAUUCACGUUUAAUCAGUUAUUUUUCUUCAUUACUGUGUAGUUGCGAAAAAUAAUGAUUAUACGUGUUUUUAAUUUUUCUUCGUAUAAAUUUGGACGUUGGUUCGUCAAGAAAUUUGUGAUUGAUUUAAUGUUUAUAAUAACGCGGGUUAAGAACACUUUUUAGAAUUAUUUGUAACAGUCGGUUGUACACCCGGCUCAAACGAUUCUGACGCAUAAAAAACGUGGCUUGAGGAGAAGGUAUCCCCUACUCAGCAUGCUCUUCAGUCCUACGUUAUACAUAUACUGUGCGUCGUAGAUGCGCAUAGAAUCAGCUUAGAAUAACUUAGGACUGAAGAGUGUGCUGAGUAGGGGAAGCCUUCUCCUCAAGCCACGUUUUUUAUGCGUCAGAAUCGUUUGAGCCGGGUGUACUGUAUGACAAACACAGUGAAAUGUAUAUUUAUAAUUUUUAUGUUCGUGGAAAUGAAUUUGGAUAGAAAUAACUACGAGGAUGAAAUGAUACAUAUUUGUGAACUACGAGCAUCUAAUGGCGUUCCCUCGAUUACUUGGAACAGGGAUUGCACCUUGAUACUGUACUUUGGGCAUCGCGUUUUUGAGAAUAACAAAUCAAAAAUAUUCCAUCUUUAAAUGUUCAAUAUUAUAACUAAAAUACAAGUAAACUGUCCUAUUUAACCCCAUUGCAAGUUGUAGCACUAAUAGAGGUGCCGAUAGGCAUCGUCUAGUGACUAAAUUGAAAAACUGAAUAAAGUGUAUUUACGCAUAACUGGAAAAUAGGAGUUCAUGUUUCGUCACGAUGGGCCGUUUUACUUUAAUUUGUACAUUUUGUAAAUAUGUUCGUUACGUUCAUAAUUCUUGGAAAGGUAUUAUCAGAAUAAAAUCAAUUUUGUUUAAU